GCAAAAACAGUUAGCUGAAUGAAAAACGAUUUACUUUAAAUAAGGAGAGUGAUCUUUAUAAUAAACUUUUUUAACGCUGAUAUCGUGUUGCAGCUUUCUGCCGUUGAUUGUGUCAGUUUGUUAUGUAACAGAAUGAAAUAUAAGCAAUUGAAGUUAUGAGUGAAGGAUAAACAAACUUUUGUGGCGCGCAACAUAAUAAAGCCACGCAUACUUCAUUAGAACCUUUAAUGGGGUCUUAAUUCUAACAAUGACGUGCUUUUGGAAAUUGUUUGUUUUCAUGUUUGUGCUUCAAAUAAACUGCGAGGAGAAUGAGAUAUGUUUUUUAGUGAUUGGUGACAUUGGAGGUGUACCUUAUUAUCCAUAUCAAACAGCUUCACAAAAAAAAGUUGCAUCUUUACUAGCCAAGGUGUCAGAAAAAUUGAAAUGCAAAUUUGUUAUGGGACUCGGCGAUAAUUUUUACUUCAAUGGCGUAAAAAAUGUAGACGAUCCACGUUUCCACCAAACGUUUGAACUUACUUACGCAGCAAAGUCAUUAGAUUUUCCUUGGUAUAUGAUUGCUGGCAAUCACGACCACGCUCAGAAUAUCUCUGCACAAAUAGCUUAUACAAAGAAAUCAAAAAAAUGGUUCUACCCUGAUUACUUUUACACUAAAGUGUUCAACAUACCAAACUCCAACAAAACUCUUCAAAUAAUAAUGAUAGACACUAUGAUGUUGUGCUGGCAUAACAGAAGAAGUGGUGCGCCAAGCCCUGAAGUUCAGCUAAAUUGGUUUGCUGACGAGUUGCAAAAGUCUACGGCCAAUUUCUUAAUUGUUGGUGGCCAUCAUCCCAUUUAUUCAGCUGGUAGCCAUGGCAACUCAGCUUGUUUGAUAGAAAAAGUUAAACCUUUGUUAGAAAAAUUUAAAGUCACCGCCUACUUUAGUGGACAUGAUCAUAAUUUACAGCAUAUAAAAGAAGAUUAUUCGCCAACGCAUUACUUUGUAAGUGGAAGUGGAAACUUUGUUGACUCACGGAUGUUAAACAAAGGAAAACUCCCAACAAAUUCACUGAAGUUUGCUCAUGGUUUAUAUGGUGGUUUUAUGUUAGCUCGAGUAAAUGAAAAAUGGUUAGAACUUUUGAUGACAAACAGUGUUCCAGAAAAACUUUACAAAGUUCUCUUACUACCCAGAAAUCCUUUUUUUAUUGAAGAAUUUGAUUAUGGAGCAAAGCAAAUGAUAAUAAAGGAACCAGUAUUAAAUGAAAUUGCUUUUCACGAAAUUCCAAAUCCUAUUGAAGCCGUAAAUGUGAAAAAUGAAAAUCACGAAAGUUUUUCUUUAAAAGAGAAAAUCUUUUCGUCAGAAUGGUUUUAUGGCGGUUUGUACAACAUCAAGAAAAACGAAAAUCAGAGUUUAUCUUAAAAAUAGUAAUUUAUCAAAUCAAUUCACACAGCCAUUACGUCCAAGACAUUAAAUUUAUACACUCAACACGCAGUUUAUAAACGAAACCAACUUUCACUUUAUUUAAGUUUUUCAUAACAUAUUUUUUGGUUUAUUUAAAUCUAUAGUGAAAUCAUAGGAAGCAAAUGUUUUUGUAUGUGAAUUAUAUACAGUAUGAUAGGGAGAGCAGUGUUAUUCAGGACCGUUCCGACGGGGGUGGACACUUCCUGAUUUAGAAUAUUCUGUCGGUAAAAGAGUAGAUUCUCGAAAUUUUUGGUCAAAAA